AUGAACCAUAGAAAGAUGUUGGGUUUGAUGUUCCUGGUUUUCAUCAUACAAGGUUGCACCUCAAGACCUACUGCAAGCAUGGAGGAGAAUAUUGUUUCAGAAGACCCGGAGGUUGUGAGAUCUGAGGCUCUCAAGAGACUUUUGGAAGUUUUUGGCAUUGAAGAUCCACCACACUCUAUGCAUCAUGUCAAGCAGCCUCCUCAGUACAUGAUUGACCUGUAUAAUACAGUUGCUGAUGCAGAUGGUGUCACAAAGGAUCCAGAUCUUCUGGAAGGAAACACAGUCAGGAGUUUCUUCGAUAAAAUUCACAGUGACCAGAUGCAUUUCCUUUUUAAUCUCUCAACUGUGGCCAGGAAUGAAAAGGUUCUAACUGCAGAAUUGCACCUCUUUAAACUGAAACCAAGGCCUUCAGAGCAGGCUUAUUACAAAAGACAUCACUUCUGUCAGAUAAAUGUCUACCAAGUAUUAGAUAAAAAUAAAAUACAACUGCCAAUAGGAAGAAAGUUGCUGUCAUCAAGACUUGUUCCAAUCCAUUCUUCGGGAUGGGAAGUUUUUUCCAUCACACAAGCAGUUCGUGCUUGGAAUGAUGAAAGUACCAACCAAGGUCUUCUUGUGACUAUCCGUAAUCUUGGAGGGGCUCAAGUUGACCCUAGCAUUAUCCGAUUUGCAUCAGGCAAAGAUCAUCAUGAAAGUAAACAGCCAAUGCUUGUUCUGUUUACUGAUGACGGCAGAAGAGGCAUAAUUCCAGUUAACCCUCUACAAGGUCAAGCAAUGCCUCUUCCAAAUGAGCCUUACAUAGCAACCCAAAACAGAACAAGAGUUGGUAGAUCGCUAGAAGAUGGGCACUUGCCUUGCCAGAGACAUCCACUUUACGUCGAUUUUGAAGAAAUUGGCUGGUCAGGAUGGAUCAUCUCCCCAAGGGGUUACAAUGCUUAUCACUGCAAAGGAUCAUGCCCUUUUCCCCUGGGACAAAACAUGAGACCCACCAAUCAUGCCACAGUACAGUCUAUCAUUAAUGCCCUGAAGUUAACAAAAGGUGUUAGCAGCCCAUGUUGUGUUCCUGAUAAACUCUUCUCCAUAAACUUGCUAUACUUUGAUGAUGAUGAAAAUGUUGUACUAAAACAGUAUGAUGAUAUGGUAGCGGGAAGCUGUGGGUGCCACUAA